UGCACUUUUGCAAAUAUCUCGGUGAUUUAAUCUAGUAUCAUAAACAAUAAUAAAAUUUACCUUUUCGGUCUGAGUCUGCCACCGAAAUCUAUCACAAUUUAAAGCCAACUAGUCUUUGCGUUACUGCAGCUCGCAAUUAAAACUUCUUUAUAUGCCACAUGCAUUUCUAAUCGAUAACGACUUGGUUCGGAUCUUAUCAUAUGUCCUCUUCUCGUUUGCAUUUAACAUGCAUUUUUAUCCUUAUCCUUGAGGUUUUCCUCCCAUUCUCCCAACCCGGGAUUUUUUCCCCUAAUCCCCAAGCUUCCAUGCGGAGAAGUAGGGUUUCAAGGGAAUAGACGGUGAGGAAGCCCAUUCACAAACCUUUUCCUGCCUAUUCCUACCCUCUUCGUUUCUUUUCCAACCUUGCAACAUUUUUCUUCUUUCAUCUUUCCUCUGUUCGUCUUUCAUCGUGCUUUCUGAUUUUACUUCAGCCUUAUACUCUUUUGUUCCGCUAAAAGAACUAAUUAAUUUCUCGCAAAGGUAUAAAGUAAUUUUAACAUUACUUGUCGGGCUUGGAAUACCAGCGCUACGAGUGGCGGUAACUGACACUAUUAAUUAUGACCCAGGAAUCCGGCCACUACUAUCUGAGACUAGAAGCAAGAGAUUCAUCUCCGUUCUAAUAUUACUUACCUUUUUUUUUAUAUACAUUCGAUAGUUCACACGUCGCUUUGUGAUCACAUUGCCGAUCACAUUGUGUAAACAAAAUUAUAAACUAUCAGAAAGGACUAUUUAGAACUGUCAUAUAGACUGUCACCAUAGUGAAGGAAACAUGACGUCCUUAUACGACCAAGUGAAGCUUUUGUACGAUCAGGAAUUGUACACAAAUGUUAUUGCCCUUGCAAAUUUGAUUCUGUCGUUAAGUGAUCACAAUAGUGAGCUGUUACCUGCACAUGCAAAGUUGUUAACUUAUGUUCAUUGUGCGGAUUCCCACUUUCAUUUGGGUAAAUAUCGAAAGGCUGAGUCACUUUACAAGAAAUCUUUACAAUUUCGGAAGUGCCUCCUUAAAUCAAAGGGUGCUACUAAGCCACCACAGGAAGGGCAAAAAGAUCUGUUAUCAGAUAUAGAUAUAAAGUACCAAAUACAUCUAUGUCUGGUUAAAUUAAAAAAUCCAGAGGAAGCUCUUCAAAUACUACAAGGAAUACCAGGAAAGCAAAGAACACCAAAGGUAAAUAUGGCACUUGCAAGGAUGUUCCAAGAACAAGGAAUGGAGCGUUCUGCAAUCACAUCAUACAAAGAAGUAUUAAGAGAAUGUCCUUUGGCUUUAGAAGCAAUGGAAGGUCUACUCUCACUAGGAGUUAAAGGAAUUGAAGUAAAUUCUCUCAUAGUGGGCUGUACCUCCAAUCUGUCAGGAUUAGACUGGCUAAAUUCUUGGAUUAAGGCACAUGCACAUAUUCAUAACAGAGAAUAUAAUCAUGCCGUUACAACACUAAGGUCAUUAGACAAUGUAAAUUUUUUACGGGAUAAUGUCACCCUGUUAGUAACAAUAGGCGAAUGCUAUUAUUAUGCAGGAGAUGACAAAAACGCAUCGUUGUGCUUACGAAGAGCUAGGAUAAUUGAACCAGAUUUAGUGAAAGGCUUAGACAUUUACGCAGGGGUUUUAUACAAAACCCAUCAUACAAAGGAAUUGGAAAAAUUAAUUUCCAUUAUAACAGCAACAGGCGAAUACACAGCUGAAACCUACGUAGCGAUGGCUUACGCUUUGUUUGCCGCUAGAAAGUUGAGUAGAGCUAACACAUUCACAGCUCAAGCAAUGAUCUUAAGUCCCAAUAAUAUUGAAGCAAUCAUUUUGCGUGGAAACAUAAUGAUUGAACAGAAAAAGUAUCAGGAGGCCCUGUACUAUUUCAGACAAGCCAUGCAAUUGAAAUCUCAUCGUUAUGAACCACACAAAGGAUUAGUAGAUUGUUUUGUUGGGAUGCACAGACUGAGAGAAGCUCUAAAUAUUGCCAGUGGUGCUUGCAAACAACUAGGCCAUACACCAAGAGUUCUCACACUAUACGCGUCUGUAUUAAUGAAAGAUCCUGUAUCAGUUGGUAAAGCCAAAAAUCUACUGGAGAAAGCACUUACGCAGGACGAGACUUAUUUGCCGGCUGUAUAUUUCCUGUCUGAGAUUUAUGAGCAAGAAAUGAAUCUCGAGGCUGCUAUAGCUUUGCUGGAGAGACAAGCUGAAAUACAGCCAACUAGUAAACUUCAUCAAAUGCUGGGUGAUCUUUGGGCCAGAGUGCACAACGAAGAUAAGGCAUUAGACCAUUAUGCUAAUUCCUUAAAAUUAGAUCCAGGUAAUGGAAGAGCACUAGAAGGUAUGCAUCGUUUGGAUAGUACUUCCAGCAAAUUAGAUUCAACGUACUAUAUGACUGUUGGUGAAGAACAUGCUGAUACUAGUUUUGGGGUCGGGGACGGUUUACCAGACACAGAUAAUGACGAUGCAGCGGACGAAAGUGAAACUGAAGCAGUAUGGUCUGACAUGGAUUUAGAAGCUAAUAGCCAGUAACGAGUAGUUAGCGCAUCGAUGGGUGAUUAAACAAACUUUUAUAGGAAGAAUUAUGUGGGUAUGAAGAUUUGUUACGUAUCGUGUACAAAUUCAAAUUUAAAUAUAACAUGCACAUUGAAAAGGUA